CAUCAAAUGGGUUGGUUUUUUUACAACUGUUUUUAUUGGUCUUUUGACAAUAAAAGAUCUAUGGGAUUUGUUGGGUGAUUUACAUUUGCCUCCAAUAAGAUGGGCAAAACAUUUUCUUGCUCGAAUACUGUGUUUAUUGGUUAUUCCCGUCAUUUUGUAUAUGUUUGUCUUUGCGAUUCACUUUUCAAUACUUGAAAAUAGUGGUGAUGAUGCUAUAUCCAUGAGUCCUGAAUUCAGACAUACAUUAAAUGGACAUGGCAUGAAUGAUACGCCUAUAGAUGUUGGGUACGGGUCUACAAUUACUCUUCGGCAUUUCAAUACACGAGGUGGUUAUUUACAUUCCCAUAGGCAUCAUUAUCCCUCGGGUAGCAAACAACAACAGGUUACUUUAUAUCCGUUUAAAGAUGAAAAUAAUUUCUGGAUCAUCCAAAAAGAAAGUGAUCCUAAAAUACCGUUCGAAACUAUCAAUCCAUCCUGGAUUUAUCAUAAUGCAUUAAUUCGUCUCUCUCACGUUUUGACUGAAGGGUGGCUACAUAGUCAUGACAUCAGACCACUAGUGACAGAUUCUGACCAUCAAAACGAAGUUAGUGUUUAUGGGAGUAAAGGUCAUUCAGACAGCAACGAUUUAUGGCGUGUAGAAAUAGUGGAUCAUGACAAAUCUGAUCCAGAUUCUAAUAGGCGUUUACGUGCAAUCCACACAAAAUUCCGACUUUUUCACAUUAAUACCGGGUGUUAUCUUUUCUCUCAUAAUACUAAAUUACCAGAAUGGGGUUUUAGGCAACAAGAAGUUACCUGCGGAAAAGGUGCAACAUAUAUAAAUACUAUAUGGUAUAUAGAAACAAAUUCUCACCCAAAAUUAUCAAGCGACACCAAAAUGGUCAAUUAUAAAAAACUCGGAUUCUUUGGGAAAUUUAUUGAGCUUAAUAAAGUGAUGUGGACAAAUUUUAAAUCUAAUAGUCUUCACCCUUAUCUGUCCCAUCCUUUGUCAUGGAUAUUGUUGAAGCGCGGUAUCGGUUUUUGGGAUGAAGAACAUCAUCAAAUUUAUUUAAUUGGAAACCCACUUAUAUGGUGGACUUCUACGCUUAUCGUGUUUAUUUUUGUUGUUGAGAAAUUGAUUACAAUUUUAAGAGUAAAAAGAGGAUAUAUUGAUCGAUUUAGUGUUAAAGGAGAGCAUUUUGAACCAUGGUCCAAUGUGUUUCUCAUUGGAUGGUGUUUACAUUAUUUACCAUUUUAUUUAAUGUCUAAAGAAUUAUUUUUACAAUAUUAUUUUCCUUCAUUAUAUUUCGCGAUCCUUUUAAUUGGUGUAGGAUUUGAUUUAAUAACAGAUCGUUUUAAUCCUAAAAAUCGAACAAUUAUUGUUACAAUAUUUUUGAUAGCAAGCAUUUAUAUUUUUAUUUUAUUUUCACCUAUAGCUUACGGUAACACAUGGGAAAAAUCUAGUUGCGAUAAUUCAAAAUGGUUAAGCAGUUGGGAUUAUGAUUGUGAUCUUUACGUUGGUAGUCAUUUGACCAGGAACACUAAUACCACCGGUAUUGAAAUUACAAACCCAGAAUUUUCAGAUAUUAGGGCAUUUGAUAAACGGGCAGUUGAAGCUGAGGAUGAUGAAAAAGAGGAGCAAUGCCAACAAGAAGUACAAGGUUUAGAGGCGAACGUUGAGACAAAUAAAGAAAAACGAUGUUUUCCCAGAAUGGCACAUCCCAAGGAUUUUAGGGCAUUUUUAAGUGCAACGAUAUAG